AUGAGCGACGGAAGACAGAGCGGCAGGAUGAGUGACGACGAGUUCCACAGCGUGGUGGACACGAUGGAGGCCGUGGCGAGCUACUGGGCCAGGGAGAAGAACAGGUUCGCGCUCGGCCAUCUGGAGCGCAAGGUGUUCUCGUGGUCCAUCCGAGAUAUCUUCAACAGGGACCUGCUCAGGCACCAGGUCAAGAGGAUACCAGAUACUUUUGAGUCUUUUGCGAGUUACUUGAACUCCUUUGCCUACCCAUUGAUUGAAGAAGUGCGUACUGAUAUCUUCUCUUCAUUGGAUGGUUAUGCUCAUUCGAGCUUCAUAGAAGUAAUCCAAAUGGAAAAGCUUGACAACGAGAGGCCAAUAUUUGGUCUUGAGGUUGUAGAACCUGUGAAGGAUGAGAAGUCAAGGGAGAUUUAUGAACCCACAGAGGGUGAUAUAAUAGUCAUGUCCUCACAGAAACCGAAGCAUGUGUCUGACUUAACACAAAAUAGGGUGUCAUAUGUAUUAGGUUCGGUUCUGAAAAGUGGAGGAGACGACAAAAUUCCACCUAAUUGCUGCAUUGUGCAAUUGUCAUCUGCCAUUCCCAUUGAGGCAGAUCCUCAAACAAAAAUACUGAAACGGCAAUUGUUUGUUGUGUUUCUCAUAAAUAUGGAGACAUACAAUCGUAUAUGGAAAUGCCUUCAAAUGGGACCAACUGAUGCCAAUCUUAUUGAGCUUCAGAACAAAAAGAGCACUGAUCUUGUUGAUAUGGCAUGGCGGUACAAGAAAAGGGCCGUAGAAGAUGCUAGCUCAUCAUGUUUCCAGUUAUCUCAAACCCUCCGUAAUGAAUCAGUCGAUGGCCUUGGCCUUGAGAAGUUCAAUCUAAAUGAUUCACAGCUAAACGCGGUAGCCGACUGUGUUUUAGCAAUUGAUAACCACUCCUCUUCCUUAAAACUAUUAUGGGGCCCCCCUGGGACAGGUAAAACUAAAACCAUCAGCACUAUCUUGUGGGCCAUGCUUGUUAAGGGCCGAAAGACACUUGCCUGUGCACCUACAAAUACUGCUGUAUUGGAGGUUGCAGCUCGAAUUGUCAAUCUUGUUGGGAAGCCAUCAGAUGGCAGCAUCUGCUUCUUGAAUGACAUUGUUCUAUAUGGAAACAAGAAGAGGAUGAAGAUAGAUAAUGGGAACGUCCUUUCUGCCGUAUUUCUUGACUCUCGUGCCAAGCGCCUAUUACCAUGUUUCAUGCCGAACACUGGCUGGGGGCAUUGCUUGUGUUCACUCAUAGAUCUGCUUGAGAACUCAGCAACUAAGUACCAGUCAUACAUUCAGGAUAGUAUUCAACAAGAGAGCCCCACGAAGGAUAUAGAUGAAGACACUUCUUGGCAAAUGUGUCAUAGAAAUGAUAACUGUGAGCAGAAUAGCAAGGAGUCUGAAGACAAGGAUAAUUACAGUGAUGUUGUUUUAAAGAAUAAGGAUAAUGACGAAUGUUAUGACUCUGGAGAUGUAGAAGAAUCAUUAAUAGUACCAUCUUUCAAGCAUUAUCUGAAGGAUGAUUACAACAAACUCUCUGGUAAUUUGUAUGAUUGCAUUGAUAUACUAUACAAUGAUCACCCAAGAAAUCCAGAAACAGGAAGGAGCUUUCAGUGUAUGCUGGAGGUGCUUGAACUGAUCAAAAUUCUUUAUGCUCUGAUAAAUUGUGACUUUGAUGAUGGAGAUAUAUGGUCAGACGAACUACUUGCAAGCAAAAUAGAAGACGAAGGGGACCCUGAGAUCUGGCCAGAAAAACUGGCCAGUGUACAGAUCAAUUCAUGCAAUAAAUUGAAGUUCAGUCUGGCAAGAACACUGUGUGUGCAAGAACUAAGAUACCUUUGCACAAACUUGGAGCUUCCAAAUUGUUACAGUGAACGAUCUGUUCAACAAUAUGUUCUGGCAAGAACCAAAUGCAUCCUCUGUACAGUUUCUAGUUCAUUCAGGCUGUAUAAUGUGCCUAAGGGAAAUUCUUCCUCAGGUUUAUGUGGGCUGCCUGAAAACAUGAACCUUCUUGAGUUGCUGAUUGUUGACGAGGCUGCACAGCUCAAAGAAUGUGAAACCUUAAUUCCGUUGCAGCUGCCUGGUAUAAAGCAGGCUAUUUUCAUCGGAGACGAAUAUCAGCUUCCAGCUCUUGUGAAGAGCAAAAUAUCUGACAGUGCUAACUUCGGGCGAAAGUCAGUUUCUACUGGAACCAAGCUCUCUGUUGGUGUUGUUUCCCCAUACAAUGCUCAAGUUAGAGCUAUCCAGGAAAAGCUUGGGAAAACCUACAGUACGUAUGAUGGUUUCUCAGUGAAAGUAAAAUCUGUGGAUGGUUUCCAAGGUGCGGAGGAAGAUAUCAUUAUCAUAUCAACAGUCAGGAGCAAUGGAGCCGGUUCAGUUGGGUUUCUUUCAAACUUACAGAGGACAAAUGUGGCUCUGACAAGGGCCAAGUACUGUUUAUGGACAGUGGGGAACGGGACAACUUUGUUCAGCAGCAGUUCUGUUUGGCAGAAAAUUAUCAAGGACGUACAGGAUAGAGGAUGCUUUUUUGACGUCAGUGAUGACAAAGAUUUGUCAAAUGCAGUAAUAAAGGCCACAAUCGAGCUGGAUGAUGCUGACAAUUCAGUGAAAAUGGAAUCGCUGCAUAUUAGCAGGCCCAGGUUUCAGAAAACAAGGCCAAAAUACAGUCCAUGA